AAUUUUAUAUCAACGCGAUAAAUUACAUGGUAUUUGAGAAAUAUAUUUUAUAAUUCUGUUAUCUCAUUUUGUAGAGAAUCCAAUUAGCAAGCAAUUUUCUCUUCUUUAUUUUUACGUUAUUUUUCACGUAGUACCUACGCGUGCUAUUAUACCCAUUUUUUAUUGUAAACGCAUUUACGUUACGAAACUAAUAGUAGCAUGAUUUUUUGCCACACUUUAAAAGUGAGUGCCCUGAAACACAUUUAUUUCACAAAUAACACAUCGUUCCAAAAAUACAAUAAACAUUGUGUAUAAUAACUUUGUGAUUUUUAAUUAAGACUAUGGAAUUAAAUAACAACACUACGCAAAAAAGAAAAAAACAAGAAAAAAGACAUUCCGAGUCGGCAAAUAAUAAAGAAACUACCGACUUCGUUCGUUUCAAUCGUUCGAGUUUCAACCUUACCUUAUCCACUUGUAGCAAGAAGAUAAACGCGCUUUAUCACAAUAUUACUGAUAUCAGUUCCGUUAUUACUAGUCGCUACCUGAGUUCAGGUUCAGUCUCUUUUAGUAAAUUAAACAAAUCGGUGCAAUCUACUUCUGCUAAAAAUGCGAAACGAGUUUUGUAUCGGUGUUUUUGCUUUUCCAAAGUCGAUCGUUUUCUGCUGUCUCUUCCUUUUACUGAGCAGUCAGAUAUCAGCGCAAACUGAGAAUGAAUCGUUCGAGAAUGCGUUCGGUCUGGAUGAGAUCCAAUCUAUGGAUAAUAAAAAAUCGAACGCCGAAAGUAAUAAGUAUACCGGACAGAUAUCUCCGAUAAGAAAGCAAAGUUUAUCCGGACAAGUGGAUGUGAACGAAGAUGAAGGUAAUCACGAUGACAAGGACGAAACGAAGAAAGGGGUAGAAGAAGUUUCGUUCAAUGCCGUUAACAAUUCUGACCAAAAAAAUAAACCUGAGAAUGAAAUCACACUUUCCGAUGGCUUCUCCGAAAAAAUAGCCGGAAGAAGAAAUAGAAAGUAUGCGAGAUACGAUUUAUCGGAAGCAGACAGAUACGCGCCUCAUUCGGAUGGUUCAGUUCUAAAUUAUGUUUUAACGGAGACUAGAUUGAAAGAAAUUCGAUCAAAAUUCAUGUAUUGGUACGUCGACAAGGGUGGUAACAAUGACGAUGGCGAUUAUCAAAGGGAAAUCCAAGCUUCGAUGCCACAAGUACACAAGAAUUUCAAUUUUCAAUUACCAUUCUUCGGGCUCAGAUUCAAUUACACCAGAGUAUCAGUGAAUGGUUACUUAGAAUUUACCGAUCCUCCGAUGCAUUAUACUUACCCUCUGGUGUUUCCGGUCAGAAAUUGGCCAAAGGAGAACGAUCCUAGUUUUAUAGGAAUAUUUUUCAGUAAAUGUCGCAUAGGAAAAAUUCCACCAACAGACAUAGACCAGAGGAGACCUGGCGUAUACUUUAGAGUGGAAGAAGAUUUGCAAAACAGAGCAGAUCAAUUUGGCGUGGAAAUGCGCGAACGUCUCAAAUGGGAUAUUCGCGAAGGAAUGAUUGGAGCCGAAGCCUUCGACCCUAAACACGCAGUCGUAGUAACAUGGAAAAAUGUGUCGUUCGUCGGUGGUAUCGAUAAUUCCCUCUACAAAACGAAUACGUUCCAAAUGGUCUUGGCCACAGACGAAGUGAACACUUACGUGAUAUUUAAUUAUCUGAAUAUUCAAUGGACCAGCCACACGGAAGCUGGCGGUGAUACUGUGAAUGGAGAAGGCGGAAUCUCGGCAUUCGUGGGUUUCAAUGCCGGAAAUGGCACAGGAAGCUACGAAUACGAACCCUACUCACAAACGUGGAUGAUCCGCGAUUUAACCAGAAGAGGAUGUGUGAAUGGUUUUCCAGGACGUCAUAUGUUUAAGAUAGAUGACAACAUAAUGCCUUCGGCAUUCGGUUCGAGGCCACAAAGGUCCUGCAACUUAGGCUAUUAAGUUAAACGAAUUACUAAGUUGGUUGCUAACUGGUAAUGCAAGUAACACCUUGUAUAACAUUUAUCUAAAUAAACAUUGCUCCUAAAAUUAAUAAAUAUCCACUGAGUUAUGAAACGGAGUGUACGUAGGUAUCUACCUUUUGCAAAAAUUACCUUUUUGAAAAUGGAACUUCUGUAACUAACUUCGCGAAACUGAACCUUCGCGUGGAGGGUUCGUUCGAUAAUUCAUAAAAUGCAAGUAACUUAUGAAAAAACAACUCCGAUUAUUCUUUCGACAUUCAGCAUGAUCACAGAUUAGAAACAUCGAAAGAAUUCCCAGUAAGCAAAUAAAAUAGCAUACAUCUACCAAAUAAAAGAAAAAGAAAGAUAUGGGUUAGGCGGUAAAAAAAAGAAAAGAAAGAACAAGCGAGCUCGAAGAAGAAGAAGAAGGAGAAGAAGAAAGGCAAGCAACAGUA